GUCGAUUAUCGCAAAUUCUGCUGUAAGCAAUGAUUUAGUCUUUUGUAACGUCAUUUUGAGUUUUUACUUGAGUUCUAUUGAGGCUUGUUAUAUCAUAUAUUUUGUAUUUGGCUGAUAUCACUGGCUGCUUAGUAUGACUCAGACAACCACAAUUUGGCUGGCUUGUGUAAGGCGAUAUAUGCAGCCCAUUGAAAGUAUACCUUUCAAUGAAAUUGUCUUCUUUGAUAAUGUUGACAAACUUCGAACAGCUUUGAUUGGAGAUCCUAGAAGAAGAAUUCAAGCCGACCUUUUGGAGUCUCACAAAUUCCUCAAGUGUUCUUGCUGCAGCAAGAAUGGCAGUAUGCCAUCACCAUCCAUGCAUGAUACCUCCAUACUGUAUACCCUUACUCAAGAGCAUGGCGAUCUCAUCAAUCUUCACGACUGGUUUCAGUCAUUCAAAUCAAUCAUUUCUCAUCCUGGUUCGAAAGCCAAACAGAGGUUGAGGCUGUCACCAUCACCUAAGAAACGGAAAGGUUCCAUUGAACCUUGCAACAGAAGUGAUGCGUCGAUUCAAGCAGAGUUUUGCAGGGCAAUUACAGAGCUGCAGAUUACAGGGCUAAUUCGGAUGCCCAGCAAAAGACGCCCCGAUUAUUUGCAAAGAGUGGCUUUUGGACUUUAAGAAUGAACUUGCUUAUAAUUUAAUUUCCUUAAUCUAUCGAAACGUUAGGAUGUUUCAUCUUAAUUUUCUAAAAUGUAUCAUUUCAAGGCAGAAAUCCGUUGGUAAUUGAAGUACAAUCUUUCUAAAAUUUUAGCCUAUUUAUUUAUACUGGGCAAAGUUGAAUUUGCAUUGCA